CCCACCCUGUAAUUUCAGUUGCUGUUUUGUUGAAUCCAAAAUGCCAUUGUAUAUCGGAUUGAGAUGUUUUCAAGGAGCUUGAACUUCAAACUGUUCUUUAAAUCCAUGUAGAGGUCUUUGGUAAAAUUUAAUUCAUCUAUGACUGUAGCAUACAUGAUACUGCUUUCUUGGAUGUUUGGAGCAAACUUUAAAUGAUAAUAGAAGGAGAUGACUGUAUUCCUUUUCCAUCUUCUGGUUAUAUCUGGGUUUUGCUGGAGGUUUGAAUUUUUAUUUUCAUGUUGUAGUUUUCAAAAUUUGAGUUGGUAAGGAGUAGAGCCGCCGAUGAUGAGAGAAGAGAGGCAUGAGCUGCAACAACAAAUUUUUAUGCGCACCGUGUUUUGUAGUACACGGGUUGUUGUUGCGAUGAAGAAUGUGCCAAUAUGCUAAUCUGAGAGGCUCUCUCACUUCCUAAACUUAACUUCUCCUUUUUAACAUUUUUUAUUUUUUUGGGUGUUUUCUCUUUUAGCUAGCCCUCCCUGUGAGCACCCUUUUGUUUUGUUAUUUUCCAGGGAAAAAUGAUCCUGACUUGUGCUUAUAGAUGCCCAUGAUUAUAUAUAUAUAUAUAUAUGUUUUUUUAGGCUUGAUCAGAAAAAAAAGAGGGGAAGAAAAUGGAGUAUGGUGAAGAGAUAGGCAUCGUUAUAGUUGGAGGAGGGAUUUGUGGUUUGGCUACCGCACUUGCCCUUCACAGGAAGGGAAUCAAAAGCUUAGUUCUGGAAAGAUCGGGGACUCUUCGGGAAACCGGAGCUGCUAUCCGUGUUCGUCCCAAUGGGUGGCGUGCUCUUGAUCAGCUUGGCGUUGCUUCAAAGCUCCGCCAGACUGCUCUUCCCAUUCAAAGGCAACGUGACAUAUGGCUUUACAGGAACAAGGAAGAAACUAUAGAACCUCAGAGUGAGGAAGCUCGAUGCCUUCUGCGCAGUGAUCUUGUCACAGCUAUUGCCGAGGGUCUCCCUCAUGGCACCAUCCGUUUUGGAUGCCAAGUGCUCUCCGUUCAACCUGAUCCUUUAACUUCAUACCCACUAAUUCAACUGCAUAAUGGAAGUGUUAUCAAGGCCAAGAUUUUGAUUGGAUGCGAUGGAGCACAUUCCGUAGUUGCAGAUUUUCUUGGGUUGAAACCACCAAAGCUUUUCGUCUUAUGGGCAGUUAGAGGUCUAACGUGUUACCCCAGUGGUCAUGGUCUACCAACAGAGCUUACUCGGUUUCAAGGGGAGAAUUUCAUCAUUGGAAGAAUCCCGAUUGAUGAUAAGCUUGUCUACUGGUUUGUUUCCAACCGAGGGUAUCCUCCAGAUUCAAAUAUUUCAAAGGAUCCAGAAUUCAUUCGAGAAUUCACAGUUGAAUCAAUAAAAGCCUUUCCUGAAGAAAUGUUAGACAUGGUGAGAAGGAGUGAUCCAGAAAAACUGACCCUCACUCACAUAAGAUAUCGUGCACCAUGGGACAUACUACUAGGCAAGUUUCGAAAAGGAACAGUGACUGUAGCUGGGGAUGCCAUGCAUGUAAUGGGUCCAUUUGUAGGGCAGGGUGGCUCUGCAGCUUUGGAAGAUGCAGUUGUUCUUGCUAGGUGCUUGGCACAAAAACUUCAUCAAGUUGAUAUAAGUGCAGAAGGUAGGCAGAUGAGGAUAAUACAGAAUGUUAUUGGGGAGGCAAUUGAUCAAUUUGUGAAAGAAAGGAGAAUGAGGCUGCUGAAAUUGUCUAUGCAAACUUAUCUCUUGGGUUCACUACGCCAAUCUUCUUCCUCAAUUGCAAAGUUUGCUACCAUGGCAUUGAUGAUGGUUCUUUUCAGAGAUCCAAAUGCUCAUACUCAAUAUUACUGUGGAGAUCUGUGAGACUUUGUUGCUUAUUACGAAACCAAUUUGAGGGGCUUAUUGUUAGUAUUAGAAUUAAGACUUGUGUGUGAGUAUUGGGCAAAAUUGAGUUCUAGCUUAUGGGUUACCUUGGUUUGUUACUAUUGUAAUCUCUCUUUUGCUGACUUCACAUGCCCAAUGCAAAUAGCUUAG